AUGGCUGAUUGCAAAUCCACAGAUCGGCACCCGCAAGACGGAGUGUCUCUCUCUCAAACCGAUCGAGAGCUUCUGUUGCACUUGCUAGAAAGGCAAGACAAAGAGUCUGGCUCGUCCAGCACAGGACCUGGGUACAGGCCAGGAUCUCAGCUAUCUACCUCAUUGAAAGGGAAAAGCGCCCCUCAUAGCGGUAUUUCAAAGUCAUCGUGGAACCUCACGGCCCGUUUCCGACUGCCAAGGAUCGAGUCUCUGGAUCAUAGUGUCUGUGAUAUCGAAGGUGACAACGGCGAAGGGCCACCUCUGGAUCUUUUAACCGACGGUCUCUUCAAAGGAGGUGCCGUCCACUCGAGCAUCCUACUUGCUGAGUUGCUCGAACUGCUUGAGACAGACGCUGUUUGGUCUCCCCGUAACCGCACCCCUGCUGUCAAUUCGCAACAUUUGAGCGCAUUUUACAGCACUGCAAGUGAUACUGAAAGCCUGUCAAACGAUUGCGACCACCUAAGUGUGGGAACAACAGAGUCGCUGGAUGCCCCCGAGGCAAACUUCCCUGGUGACAGCUGUUCAUACGAGGAGCUCGAGGAAUCCUUACAGUUGAAUUUGGACUGCAAAUCAGAAAUUGACUGUGAGGAAGUAGGUGGCGUUCAUUCGCAAACUACGCCAGUCACUCGUGAAGGCAGCCCGUCACGCGUUCCUUGCAUCGACAGGCUUACUCCCCCUCACCCUGUUGACGACUUCCUCCCUUCUGAUCUCCCAUCAACAAUCUCCCCGUCACAUCCCUUCUUGUAUCCUGCCAAAGCUCGAUCGUGGCCUCGCAGUGGCUUCAGGCAAAGAUUAAAGGCACCAUUGUCGGAGAUAUUCAAGAAACGGCACUCCUCCAAUCAGCUCUGA